CUCAAUUGAAUAGACUGGAAUGUACAUUUUUGUUUCAUUUCGGGCUCAUCUGAGUUUCAUCUACCAUUUCUCGUUCCACAUAUGAGAUCUACCUCUUCUACAUCCACACAUGGUCAUGCUCGCAUAAAUGCUUGAAAAAUGUUUAUACGAUCAUUCUUUCAAUUUAGCUUUUCGUAAAACUGGAAACCAGUCUUCGAAACUGAUGAAUAUUGAAAAUCUACGCCAAUUUUUAUUUUAUUUUUCAACCGAAACUUUUCCAAAUCCAGAUCUCUGGUGAUCAUCGGCGCCAAUCAAUUGUCGUUUUUACGCUAUUCAAAUUCCAGAUCGUGGCGCUGGGAACCCUAACAGCCGAAAGGAGGAAUUUUUGUUAUUUUUAUUUUUUCGGUCGAGAAGAUGCCGGGGCAUGGGGAUUUGGAUCGGCAAAUAGAGCAACUGAUGGAGUGCAAGCCGCUGUCGGAGGCUGAGGUGAAGGUUCUUUGCGAUCUAGCGCGAGCAAUUUUGGUGGAGGAAUGGAAUGUUCAGCCGGUUAAAUGCCCCGUCACUGUGUGCGGUGAUAUCCAUGGGCAGUUCUAUGAUCUGAUCGAGCUUUUCCGCAUAGGAGGCAAUGCGCCGGAUACUAAUUACCUCUUCAUGGGAGACUAUGUCGACCGUGGGUACUACUCAGUCGAGACCGUCACACUUUUAGUGGCCCUGAAAGUGCGGUACAGAGAUAGAAUCACAAUACUUCGUGGGAAUCAUGAAAGUCGACAAAUUACUCAAGUAUAUGGGUUCUAUGAUGAAUGCUUGAGGAAGUAUGGCAAUGCUAAUGUUUGGAAGUAUUUCACUGAUCUAUUUGAUUAUUUGCCCUUAACAGCGCUCAUUGAGAGUCAGAUCUUUUGUUUGCAUGGGGGCCUUUCACCAUCUCUUGAUACCUUAGACAAUAUCCGAGCUUUGGACCGUAUACAGGAGGUUCCACAUGAAGGGCCAAUGUGUGACCUAUUGUGGUCCGACCCGGAUGAUCGUUGUGGAUGGGGCAUAUCGCCACGUGGCGCCGGCUACACUUUUGGGCAGGACAUAGCUUCGCAGUUUAACCACACUAAUGGCCUCACUCUAAUUUCAAGAGCCCACCAGCUUGUCAUGGAGGGUUACAACUGGUGUCAGGAGAAGAAUGUGGUUACAGUUUUUAGUGCUCCAAACUAUUGUUACCGGUGUGGGAACAUGGCUGCAAUACUCGAAAUUGGGGAGAAUAUGGAGCAGAAUUUCCUUCAGUUUGACCCGGCUCCUCGGCAGAUUGAACCUGACACAACACGCAAAACUCCCGAUUAUUUUUUGUGAGCUCAUUGGCAACUCAGGCAAGCAUUACUAAUGCAUGCUUUUGGUUAUGUAACUGUAGAAGUGCCUUAAGAGAAGAGAGUAUUGUUAUUUGAGGAUUGUGGUCGAAAAAAUCAUUCUUNCUUU